CAGUAGUGUCUGUCUAGGGGUCAUAAAUUGAGACAGACUCCCCACAUUUGCAUACACUAUUUCCCCACUGCAUCAGAGCUGAAAGACAAUAUGACCCUGCACACUUCACCCUCUGCUCGGUAAUCUACUCCGAGGACAGAGAGGAGUUACUUUCUCUAGUGGGGGUUUGGGUGGACCGGACCGACACUUUCUCUUCAGUUUACCCGUCCUCCCUCUGCGUCCAGCCGGCUGUCUCCACAGCAACGGGAGAGGUCCAGCCGAGCUGAACUCCUCGGAGCCAUGAGACAGUGGUGUGUCCCCGCUGCGACCCCUCGCACUGGACCACUCCCGGGGCGCCUGUCUGUGUCACCCCCUCCAGCAGAUGCCAGAAUGGAGUGCUGUGAGGUGGAGCCACGCUACACCAUCGAACAGAUCGACCUCCUGCAGCGCCUGCGUCUAUCCGGCAUGACCAAACCUCAGAUCAUCCAUGCCUUGGAGUCCCUGGAGAGGCUCGACCCGGACCACCGCCCGUCACACUGUGACUCUCAACCCGCCCCGUCCAACAACGCCCCCACCACGGCCGCUCCAGCCCCGUCCUCCUCUUCGUCCUCCUCCUCCUCGCUCUCCCUAGCCUCUGCUACCACGCAGACCUCCGGCCUGGAUGGCGCCGCGCUGUCACCCAGCAAUAGCUACGAGGCGUCGCCUCCACCCCUCUACCCUCCCAGCGUGGCGGUCCAGCGGUCAUUCAGCUACGACAUGAUGGGAGACGAGGAGUGGGACCUGGAGGAGAAGGUGGAGGAGUACAUGAGGAGAGACAGCAACCUGGUGAAAGAAGAGAUCAAAACUUUCCUCAACAAUCGCAGGAUCUCUCAGGCAAUCGUAGGCCAAGUUACAGGCAUCAGCCAGAGUUACAUCUCCCAGUGGUUGCUGCAGCAAGGCCUGGAGAUGAGCGACUCCAAACGCAGAGCUUUCUACCGCUGGUACCUGCUGGAGAGAAAUAACCCAGGGCUGAGGUGGAGUGAAAGCCAGCACAGCGUGAGUCCCAUGCCCAGGGCCAGGGGAGGGGACAGAGACGGGACGGUAGCAGGGGCAAGCGGCAGCCUCCCCAACCCCAACACCAACCUCAACCCCAACCCAGUAUGGAGCAGGCAGAGAGAGCUGCUGAUGCACUUGCUGCCGUGGUACGCUGCCGCAGCCGCCCAGGCCCAGCCAGGUGCCACCUUAUCGAUGCGGUCUCUGGUGAAGGAGGAGCCUGAUUGGAGGACAGGGAUCAUGGCUGGUGACAGAGCGGGGAUGGUGGGUGGGCCUCUGAGGCUGCGUAGAGGAAGCAGGUUCACCUGGAGGAAGGAGUGCCAAUCAAUCAUGGAGAGUUUCUUCAUGGAGAACCAGUACCCAGAUGAAGCCAAGCGAGAGGAGAUCGCCAACGCCUGCAACUCUGUCAUUCAGAAACCAGGCUGUAAGCUGUCUGAGUUUGAGCGUGUGACGGCGUUGAAAGUGUACAACUGGUUUGCCAACCGUCGAAAGGAGAUGAAGAGAAGAGCGAAUAUCGAAGCUGCCAUUUUGGAAAGCCAUGGAAUCGAGGUGCCAAGUCCAAGCUGCCACUCAAACGGAGAGGAGGGAGAGAUGCACGAGUUCGCCGAUCAGGUGAAUCAUCGAUUCUCAGAGCAGGAAGAGACCUCUUCCCACAGGAUCAUCGACCAACAAGAUCCCUCCUCACUGGCUACUACGGAGGUCGCCGCCCUGCCGAGCCCCAGCCCUCAGGUCCUGGAUCAGAAGGAGGAGGAUUCAAAAAGGGAGACGGUGGACGAAGAGUGACCAAACCUGGUGGAUCAUAUUUGAAUUUUAACGAAAGAUGAAAUAGGAAAACAAUAAGUGUCUCCUCCUCCUCCUCCUCCACCCAUGUAGGGCCUAUGGCACCCAAAAAUCAAAGGGAGAAGGGUGCUGAAGCUCGCUGAGGUGCCUCUGAUAGUAAGGAGGUCACUGUAUUUAUCAACAGUAAUCCUGCUUAUAUUAACGGCAAUAUACAGUAUAUAUAUAUCAAUAUAUAGUGCAUUCCAAGAUGGUAUUAAAAAGCCUAAAUUCCUUAGAGGGAGAAUUAUGUAAAGGAUACCUCGCCCAUUUUAAGCUACGCCUUUUUUUUUUUUUUGUUGCUACAUGCCUUCUUUUAAAGAGUGGUUGUUUGAUGGACUGUGGUGACACGAGUGUGCUGAGCCUGCAGGUCAGGUGUGUUUGGGUGUGGGGAUAAAGUAUGCUAUCAAGGAUCUAGUUUAUGCCGAUGUGAACGCCCUCUGCUUGCUUGAAUGUCUUUGACCCCAUCCGGUUCGUAACCUCAAUCAGUCGAUUGAUUCAAUCAGUCGAUCAAUCAACGAGUGCUGUUGCUAUCAAAUCCGUAAAGCCCUGAGGGACAACUGGAAUCUCAGGUAAUCCCAAAAAAAUGGUGGAUAAAGGACAGUGAAGAAUUGUCUUAACAUGCGCUUUACUUUUCUUCAUCUUCAUUUUCUUUAACUGCGUUUAACCAAAACAGGAUGUGUUAUUUAUACCUUUUUAUAUUAGCAAAAACAAGCCUAGGACAAUAUAUCAUUAGCAAUCUCUUUGUCUUCUUUGUUAUACUGAAUGCUGCUGUUUGCUCAUUUUUUUUAUAGUAUAAUCAUCAUUUCAAAGUCUCAAUCCUCAACUCAGCCAGUGAAGCUAGACUAGAUACAUAAGUCUACUCAGAUUUUAUUUUAUUUUUUACGUUUGAAAGAACGCUAAAACAAAAAUGUGAUCAAGAAUAACGCGUCAGCCUACACGCUCCAGGCACCUUAUCUCCUACUGGAAUAAGCUAAAGCUUAAGCUCCUGUACGUUUGUAUGACUGCAAAGCUGCACUUCAAAGUGGAUCUCACUAUAAUUGAAAGACUGUACCUGCGUUUUGGGCCGAGACAUGUACAUAACUCAGAGCACUGGUUCCCAAACCUGGGGGUACUGACCCCACGAGUGGUCGCCCAAAAGCUUCACAAGAGAGUCGCGAGGCCUUCUUUAUUUUUAAGUGGUGUAAGAAAACUUUUAUUUUAAUAUACAGUUGGCCUUUAUCUCAGCAUUUCAUUCAUUUCUGUGAAGAAAACUAAAUUAAAUAGUUAUUUUUAAAGUUAUUUAGGAUGUAAACAGGAUAAGGGCAGGAUAAGAUAAGCCUUCCCUCUCUGCUAAACAGCCUCAUCCUGCAUUAGAAAAAUACACCGUUAAAACAACUAAAGAGCUAAUGAAAAGCUCAAUAAAACAUAGAAUUUGUCAAAAAAAACUAAAAACUAUUAGGUAUGUAUGAUUAUUAAACAUAUAUAAAAAAGACAGAAUUGUAUUAAAAGUUCCUAAAAAUCUCUGAUGCAGUAUUUACAGGAAAUAAUCAGCUCAAGAUUCAUCCAAAUCGCUCGUUUCACACAAACUUCCUGCAGUUAUUUCGUCAUUAUUUGUGUUACUUGUACAGUUUAUCAGUUCUGUUAUUGUUAUGCAUUGAAUAUAAUAUGAAAUAUGUCACUUAGUGAGGGGUCGUCAGUUUACUCAAUGAUAGAAAAGGGGUCCCUUAAGGGAAAAAGGUUGGGAACCACUGACUCAAGAGAAUAUACACGUCUAUGGGUGCUUUCCUUUAAAUUACAUUAGCACUAUAUAGAAACUGUUGUCAAACUUGAAUAGCUGACUUAAACUCUGCAUUAGUCCCCUAUAUUUACUGGCCCAAGGCCUCGGGAGUUACUCCCUUAAUGUUCAUGAAAUGGACAAAGACGCUUGUUCUCAAAUGCCCCCCCCGACGGGGCGCUACCGUGUUACCUCCUAAUGCCAAAGCUAUGCCAAGGUAGAGAUGAGCUGCUGCGCUCACAGGAACAGGAAAUGACACAGUAGAUACGACUCUAUAGAUAUAUACAGAACGUAGAUGUUUAUUUGCUCAGUACAACACUAGCCAACUCUAGCUUACCUCAGAAUAUCUCUGUGUCACGAAUGUGUUACAGGCGAACUGUCAUAAAAAAGUGACUUAUUGUGACUGUUUAUGAUACGGACAGUGUUAUGUAGCAUUUAUGACGAUGGGGUUUGCCCUGUGUUGUUAACGUAUACUCACCUCAGACCGUUCUCUCGUCCGGCUUUGGACAGGAACCCCAAAGCUGCACGCUGUUUCUGAUUAUUAUGCUCCUCUCUAUCUGCUUUUAUCUGAGAAAAACAAUAACGAUAAUAAAAUUGUAAACAAUG